AUGGACCGCAAACAAGGCAUCACCCACCAGAUCCGGCUGCGGUUGUCGGCGGGGGCGUUCGCCGACGACCGACUAUGGAAACGCUUCUCCGCCCGCCGGCUCGAGCUCAUCGACACCCUCGACUUGUCGCUGAAGAAGGCGCUGGAACAAGAAGCCGAGAUCCAGAACGUCGCCGAGCUGUUGCGCAAAGAGUUUGGCUACCUGGUCGAGUACACCCAGGACUUCGACAAGCUUGUCCGGGCGGCCGUCCAGCUGGUUCGCCGCAACCGCAAACGGCUGCUGAAGCUGAAGAAGCCUGAUCCUAAACGCCAAAAGCACCUGACGCUGCUGCCGGAACUGGAAGAACAGUUUAUCUCGGAAAUUGCUCGUCUCCGGGACGUCCACGAUGACGUGGUGGACUUGCUGUACCCAAGGACGAGAGCUCAGUCUACCGUCGACCACGCCAGCGCUACCAUCAACCACAUGCUUGCCCAGCCUAAACUACCGCCGUUAAAGCAGCUAGACAUCCGAGAUACCCCCGAUUUCGACCAGGGGAUCCUCAAGUGCCGCACCAUCCUCAUCAACUUGAUCGACCGCCUGAAACUGUGUGCGGAGCUGGUGACGAAGAAACUGGGUAAUCUCCAGCUUUUGGGACAACUGGUGAUCUCGGCGUGUAUUGCCUACGUGUUUGAGAAGCUGUUUGACCAAGUGAACCCCAAACUGAUCGAUUACCUUCGCGGUAAAUUGGAAAACCCUCGCCAUUUAGCUGAAUUCUUUAGGCGGCUCGACCCUAAUGCGCCUCAAGUGACCGACGAAGUGGCGGUGAUUUCGUUAUACAUGUUGUUAGGCGGGUGCGUGAAGGAUUUCGGGUUCACGCUGACGAUGAUGCCGUUGGCAAAGAUGUUUUUCUUUUGUAUCAUGCGAGACUACCCGUUUUUCGCUAAAGUGGCCACUGAUUUCGAGUACUAUGAAGGGAGAGGGGCCGUGGUUGAUACGGAUAAUACUCCGGUGGCGCCAGCAGCGCCGGCAGACACCGCUAGUGCGGGUGCCGCCACCGUUCCGCCACCGGUUCCGACACUGGUUCCGGCACUGGUGCCGGUGCCGGUAGCGGCGCCAAUACCAACACCCCUGACCUACCCCACCACCACCACCACCGCCCCUACUUUACCCCCGCUCGCGACGCUCGCCGAAGCGCUGGCGCGAGUGCUUCCGAUACCGCUGGCGAUAUCCAGCACCUCCCACACUCCUGCCGCCACCCCGCACGCGCGUCUGCCGGUGAUCGCUCCCGUCACCGCUUCCGUCACCAAACACCGCAAAAAGGUCCUACUUCAAUUUUGCGAUAAAGUGCUUGAGUUUUCCUACCCGAUCCAAAACAGUGCCCCGCCCCGCCACGGCGAGCUCAUUGAGAAUGCCCGGCUGGCGUUCCACCUUGCAAAUAACACCAUUGUCGGUCUACGAGAUUUGCGAACCCAUCAACACUUGCUGAGUGAUAGCGACUUGGAACGCGUAUUUUUGCACCACGAGGUGAUUGAGAUCGAAGUGUUUACCAUGGGCACCAAGGCCAUCCCUAUAUAUGAGCUUACGCUGACGGUUACCGGCCACCAAGGCGGCGAUGGCGGCAAUAAUAAUGGUAAUGGUGGCAAUAGCAGUGGCGGCACUCAACCCCGCUACUUGCUCCCACCACUAAAGCUCCCCGUCGACAACUUCCAGCCGUUACUUUAA